UCAGUGUUUAGCAGCUGCUCGAGAGAGACGGUCGUGUAGCUCCUCACUCUCCUAGCCGCUCUCGCUCUCAUCACACAAACUAGACUUUUCUUGACUCCGAGAACGCAUCCAGUGCUUUUUAUUUGUGCGAAUCAGUGGGAUCUGGACUGUAAAAACUUUUCGCCAGCAGAAGCUUCAAAGGUCGAUUGCUGCAUUCAGACGAGCUGGAAAGAACUGCUGGUAUAUAGCUGCCGCCGGUGCCGCUGAUCGCUGAAAGCAAGCUCCUCGGCGAGAUAAAAAAUUACAUGUCAGCCACACGCUUAUGCAAAAGGUGAGUUGAAUGCCUCCGUUUUGUCGAAGGAAUUAUAUGCAUAAUCAGCAGGAUUUUCGGCAGCAGUCGAUGAUGUCCUGAAGCUGGUCCUGCAGCCAACACAACCAACCAACCCGAUGGCGAGAUUUGCCUUUCACUACCGUGUGGCUGGGAUCAUCAGGUGGGCACUUUGCGGCUGUCUCGCUACCCUCCUGCUGCUGCCCAACCCCUCCGCUGCAGUCGAAAUGUCCCAAUGCAUCGCGCCUCUGGGCAUGGAGAACGGCGCAAUCAGGGACGAGGACAUAUCAGCAAGCUCAUCUUUUGAUAAUGGAAACGUCGGUCCUACGCACGGAAGAGUUCGGACUGAGCUUCACGGAGGUGCUUGGUGUCCAAAGCACGAGAUCACGAGCGCACCACGCGAGUGGCUGGAGAUCAACCUGCACAACGUGCACGUGAUCACCGCCUCGGAAACGCAAGGCCGAUUUGGCAACGGCCAGGGCCAGGAGUAUGCCGAGGCCUACGUCCUGGAGUACUGGCGUCCGCGGCUCGGCAAGUGGGUGCGCUACCGCAACUUCAAAGGAGCAGAGGUGAUUACCGGAAAUGAGAACACCUACCUUGAGGCGAAAAACGACCUGGACCCGCCGAUUUGGGCGAGCAAGAUUCGGUUUUUGCCUUACAGCGAUUUCCGCAGGACUGUCUGCAUGAGAGUAGAAAUCUAUGGCUGCUACUAUAAUGAUGGCAUAGUGAGCUACUCGAUGCCGCAGGGUGACAAACGAGGCAACGGUUGGGAAUUCUUCGACUCCACCUACGACGGCAUCUGGGAAUCGGACCUGCUGAAACGAGGCCUCGGGAUGCUAACUGAUGGCAAAGUUGGUCUCGAAAAUUUCAAACUCGGCUAUCACGACGAAAGAGGCCAAGGGUGGGUCGGCUGGCGCAACGACACGAGAAACGGCAAGCCGGUCGAAAUCAAAUUCGAGUUCGACAAAGUGCGAGAAUUCAACACGCUGCACAUCUACUGCAACAACCAUUUCACCAAGGACAUCCAGGUCUUCGCCGAGGCCAAGGUGUUCUUCAGUGUUGGCGGCCAGCAAUUCCUAGGAGACCCAAUCACGUACACAUACAUCGAGGACAGAAUUUUUGAGACUUCUAGAAAUAUCUCAAUCAAACUCCAUCAUCGAGUUGGUCGCUUCGUCAAACUUCAGUUGCACUUCGCCGCCAAGUGGAUCAUGAUCAGCGAGGUCACAUUUGAUUCAGACAUCGCCCACGGAAACUUCACCGUCGAGACGAAGCCGGCCACUGACGCGCCAGAGCAGAGCGAUGUCUAUGUGGAGAAGUCGUCCUUGCCUCAGGACGUCGAAGUUCCAGUGUCUUCAGCUCAUCAGGAGGAUCAGACCUUCAUAGCCGUCGUUCUGGGCGUGGGAACCUCAGUUGUGCUCAUCACCGUGGUGGUGGUGAUCCUGGCGCGAUACACGCGCCGCAAGAACUUCGCGAGUCCGUUAGCGUCGAAGGCGCCGCUGAGUGGCGCCGAGAACAACGCCAGCGGCCCCAGCAACAGUGCAUACACCAGCGUGACGGUCGACGACAACUACAACCAGCCGAGGGGCAGCACGACCACCGACCGCAGAGGCCUCUUGGCCGCUACCAGGGCCGACGACUACCAAGAGCCCUACCAGGCCCUCAAGUAUGCGCCAUACUACAGCUACAGCCCCGUCGUCAUGGAGAUGAAGGACAUGAUCACCGACACGCUCAUCAGAGGGUCAGCGCCCCAUUCCGACACCUCUUAUGAAUACGCCGUGCCUGAGCUUGGUGGCAGCGUGCCCCUUCUGAACCACGAGAACUCGCUCGCCAGAUCUGAGCACGGCUCCGUGUUCUCCAGGAAUUCCAACCCGCAGGGCAUCAAUAUUCCCAUUCCGAAGCCACCCUCUUCAAGGACGUCGGAGGAAUCGUCAGGCAGCCGAGGCAAAAGGUCUCCAAGUCACCAACAAGAGGUUCUGAAGCGCAGACUGGAGCAGACGGUGGUGCCAGAGUUCCCGCGUCACCGGCUGCGAAUGCUCACCAUCCUGGCUGAGGGCAAUUUUGGGAAGCUGUACGUGGCCGAGGCGGACGGAAUACCUGAGUACGGAUCGACCAAAACGCAAGGCAAGCGAUUCGUGGCCGUCAAAUUCGUCGAGCCGAGCACUUCGGAAAGCGACAGAAUCGAAUUCUACCACGAAGUGCGAAUAAUCGCCGCUCUAGAAGACGCCAACAUCGCCAGGGUGCUUGGCAUGUGCUCACGGGAGGAGCCGAAAUGCAUUGUCUACGAGUACCUGGAGCACGGAGACCUCAAGUCGUUCCUUGCCUCCCAUGUUCACGCUGAAGGAAGUCGAACUCUUCCGGUUUCUGCAGUGCAAGCUGCGGGAAUCAAAACUCUCAGCUUCAACUGUCUGCUGUACAUGGCGACGCAAAUUGCCUCCGGGAUGCGAUAUCUGGAAUCACUCAACUUUGUUCACCGUGAUUUAGCUACAAGGAAUUGUCUCGUUGGCGUUGGAUAUUUGGUCAAGAUAUCUGAUUUUGCCCAAGACAAUGAGGAGUUUGCUGAGGACUACUAUCACGUAGUCAAAGGAGGAACUGCACUUGAGCUCCCGGUCAGAUGGAUGGCCUGGGAAAGUCUAUUUUUGGACAAGUACACAACCAAGAGCGAUGUUUGGUCAUUUGCGGUGACACUGUGGGAAAUUCUGACGAUAGCGAGGCACCAACCCUAUGACCACCUAGCCUCAAACCAACAGGUAGUGGACCAGCUAGCCCUCUUGCAAGAGGAGGAGGAAGACCUGUUUGUUCGGCUACCAAAGCCAGCCGCCUGCCCACGGGAUGUGUAUGACUUGAUGAAAGAGUGUUGGCGCAGAGUGGACGUUGAGCGACCCUCUUUCAGGGAAAUCCAUUUGUUCCUGCAAAGGAAGAAUCUUGGAUACGCCCCAAUGUAGAAACGAAAGUAUGUCGAUUGAUGGUUUUUAUGACGAUCUUGUGAAAGUGCGAAAUGAGUGCAGUAAUGUAGAAUAUAUUUUAUUUGAGAUGACAAAGACUUUGAUUUCUGUAGCUAUUUCAUUUUGUUUGAGAAUUUCUUGGAAAUCAUUAAAUGAAAUAAAUAUAAGUUGCUUUCUUCUUGUGCCUAAGUGUAAAUGGCAUGCAUGGAAUAUUAUGUGUAUUGACGAGCCGUGCUGAUCCCUUGCUCCAUUUCAAGUGCUUUUUUGUGAUUCACUACAUAGGAAAUGAGGACAAAGUUCUAGAGGACAAUAAUGAGACCGAUUCUCGCUAUGAUUUGACAAAAGAAUAUUCUCUGCUAUAUUUCUCAAAAGCUCUACUUUUUGGUGAAUCGGGUAAAAAGAGGCGAAUAGCCAGCACAAACCAUUUGGCUAUUUUUCCAUAAAGAGAGUGCAAUUUCUCUAUUGAUCUGCACCUAUGACAAUCUACUUCCAAGUAAAUUUGUAAUUGCAAAAACGCCUCUAAACGGAAAGUGCUACUGAAACCUUCUUAAAAUUCACACUUUUCUUAAAAUCAAAAACGUUCCCAAGAGUCGAAUAAGUUAUGUCUUGCUAUGACCAUGUUUGCCAACUAAGAAGAAGAUGGUGAAAUGAGAAUUUUUAUGUGAUAAGGUACUAAAAAGUUGUUGAGAAGCGUAACAUGACUGAAUGCUUUUAAACUACACACGCACAUUAGCAAUUAAUGUUCUGUAAAAGAAAAGUGCUUCAUAGUGAAUCGUUACUAUUAAUCUGUAAUUAAAGUAAUAGAAAGCCAAUGCUUCACACGUCAAAAUGGGAUCAUACACAGACUCUUGCAAUUAACUGUGAAGACAAAAAUUGCCCGGAGUAAAUUGCUAAAAAUAGAACAUAAAUUCUCAAAAAAUAUUGUAGCUUGGAUAGUAAAAAAUUCAGCAGCAAACUCUGCCCCCAUCCCAAGUGCCAGGGAGAAGAAGAGCAUUUUCGUGUUAAUUAAAUACUCCGCAGCAAUCAACAUACACUCUCUGGCGCAAACUAUUAGUGUGCUGUCAAUGUAAACAUUACUGGGCACAAUAAAGCGGUCAAGUAGGCAGGCCUACUGUGGAAGCGUGCAAAUAUUGCGAAAGGUUGUUGAAAUUGUAAUAGAAGCCGAGUAGCACAUUUGCAUCCUCGACACACAAAAGAUACACAUCUCAUCUAUGUAGUGAAAAAUACUGUGUGGUGCAUCAAUAUCAAAUUAGACUCUGUAUGAACUUGAAUUGUUCAUUGUACGCGCAGAUUAAUUUCAUUAACAGAAUGAUCUCAUAAUAUGAAUAGCUGAUUUGGAUGCAGGACCACUCACUUUAUAAUAUCUUGUGCUUUCGUAGUGAGCAGCGAACAUUUUCAUUAAAUUGAAUAAGUAUUUCACCAUAAUUUUCAAAAGAAAACAAAACGAAAAUAGAGAGUUUAAUACAUUUUAUAAGCCUAGUCAUCCGUGCUCUAUUGACACAAUUUAAUUAACAAGAGUGCCAACGAGUGCACUGCAUACAACUAGAACUCGACCGUUCAAGCUUGCACUGUGGGAAAACAAUUAUUGCAAAUUACGAUGGAAACGCGCAGCAACUAUUGUAUUGAGAAAAGUAGCUAUGAUUUGUACAAUUGUAACAAAGAAUGCCCUGCACAUAUCAAAGGGAGAAUAGAAGAAUAUUUAUUUGUAGAUAAUGCAAUGAAGUUUACUGUAACUAUAUUUAAAACUGCAAAUAAUAAAUGUUCAGUUUAUAUUGAA